CACGGGGACGCGCACAGCUGAGAGGAAAACAACGUGAGAAGCGGAUGAGGACAGAAAGCAACAAUGUGGACGGAGGAGGAGAAGAAGAACCAGAGUGAAAGUUCCACCAUCGCAGCCGGAGACAGCUCGAAGAUGGGCGACCCAGAUCUGACAGGGCAGCUCUUCCAGGCAAUUCAGCAGAGAAACGGUUCAGCCGCAGCGGUCACUCUUCCCUCCAGCACAGAGGACCCUUCAACCACCAUCAGUGGGAUCAUCCCCGGUGCGAUCGCAGCCGCGGUGUUCAUCACUUUUCUCCUCGCUCUCUACGCCGUCCUGUGGAAGUGCAUGGUGUCGCCACCACAACGAAAGCACAGCAAGGUGAGGGUGAGACUGCAGCCGAGGAGUUCUGUGUGAACACCGGCGCUCUGGCUUGUCUGCCCAGCAGGUUAUUUUGGAUCGUAAUGGUGCGGACUUUGCCCCCCCCCAGUCAGGGAAAAGCACCAGACUGACAUUAUACCACUGAAGAGGAUCCUCCUAAUGGAUCCAAAGAUCAAACCACUGAGGUUUGACUGAACUGGAACUUUACUGUGGCUCCAUGAUGACGUGAAACUCUUUUUAUUACCAGGUCCGAUUGUGCAGCUUUUAGUUUUUUUUCUGUGGACUCUGCACUACUGAGGAACGACACAGCUCGCUCCACUGACCAACAAACUGUGUAUGACUGAGAGAGGCCUGAUAUUCACUGUAUAUAUGUACAUAUUUUAUAGCUGCACCAAAUGGACAGUUGCCUUUUAAACACGUCGUCCAUUCCUACCUUUUAUUUCUAAUGACAUCACCAGGUUCCAUCUACAUCCAUUUUAUUCUCUAGUCUAAGAUCUAUUGGAAAGUCUCCUAAAGCUGUGAGGAUGUCCAGGAGGGUUUGAGACCUGUACUGUGGAAAUCUUUCACUUCAAAUUUGCUUUAAGAUUUUUCCUUUUUCCGUUUUGAAUCCACAUUUAUUCAAUUUUCUCAGGAUGAUGUAACUACUGAAACAAUGACUCUAUAAUAAACUGAGUGUAAAUAUAAAUAAACAGUGUCUGUAUCACCACUUGGUAAAAUCUCGAA